AUGGACAGCCAAAUCCGAUCUCCAGUGCUCAUGCAGCACAUGUCUCCGCCUCACAUCCUCACAAGUUCGGAGACCAGCCUUGUUCGAUCUAUGCCAGCGUCCCCGUCCGAGGAGUCUCCUCCGCCUGCAGAUAUCCUCAUGGCAGCAACAGUACAUGAGCCCGUGCUAAUGCCUUCACUGACGGCAGAGGCCCGUGCGGCUGAAGCAGCCCCAGAAUCGCUGGAAGGACAACCACAGGCCGAGAACGAUUUGAGACCUACAGAUGUUACACACAAUACAGAAAUAACUCCUGAAGGCAGGCCACAAGCUAUUGAAGAGCAAUCUCCAGAGUUAACCGACCAACCUCAGCAACCAGUGCCACAAGAGGAAGAAGACUCUCGGGUGGCAGAUUCCCCAUCAGCCGAGCAACCCACAGAACCCUCACCCCCCCAAUUGUCAGAAUCGACUAGUGAAGAGUCCCCUUCUCCGACCCCCAAUCACCCCGAACAACCUUCAGAGCCUGCCGAGGAUGGCGCUGCGCCUGCUCCGAGCCCGCAGGAAACAAGCCCAGAAGAGUCCGAAACAGCAGCUCCUCCGCCACAACCUGAGGUGCCAGAAUGGGUAACAUGGGAAGACGAUCUCUCUACACCAACAGAGGAAGAGCUGGAAGCAGUCAAAGAUUCUGAAGCCGAGAAUGACGCUACAAAUGUGGCUGCAUACGAGAAACACAUGUUUCCAGACCAUGACGAUCCCGAUCAGAGACCAUACAAGAAAGUUCGGCUGAGCUGGAUCAUCAAAGGUGUGCGAGGCACAAGAGAGCGGCCCAAUAUGGCUCGUACCAUGAACUCUCCAGCUGCGUGCAUCGACGGGCUUUACUGGACGAUUAAAUUCUUUCCAAGAGGAAACAAGUGCUCUUCGCUCAGCGCAUAUAUUCAGUGCAGCAAGGAUAAACCAGAGCCAGACAAGGAGGUAGUCGAAAGCACAUUCGCCUACUUCGAAGGUCCUCCAGAUGCUGAUUUGGGUAGGACUGCUGAGCCUACAAGCCGUAUCAAGGUCGAGGCAACACCCGUUGUCAAGCCCGAAGACAAGUCACCGCCGCAGGAGACGACUAAGGAAGCCAGUGCCAGCAAUGAUACCGCCAGCGACACCGAUGAGAUCCAACCGGCAGUGACGUCGAGUCUGAGUGAAGAAGACAAGGAUUUCCGAGCUUCCGCUCAGCUUGGCAUGGUCAUGUACAACCCCGAGGAACCCCGGACUGCGACGUAUCACACAUCCGAGCAUCAAUUCAAUCCAAACAAUUGCGACUGGGGUUGGACGAACUUUGUGGGCAAGUGGGAAGAGAUUCACAUUCGCCAUCGAGGAGAGCGCCAACCUCUUCUGAGGAACGACACUAUUGGCAUUGACGCUUACAUUCGAAUCUUUGACGACCCUUCUCAAGCGUUGUGGUGGCACAGUUCGGAUUCCAAUGAACCACUCUGGCCUUCGAAGUUACUUGCCGGCUACCUUCCAAUGGGUACGCCGCCAUUGUACCACAGCCCUGCAGUGGCGUGUAUCACAACUUGGAUGCUCCUCGCGCCUUUCCGGUAUGUUAUUCAGAGUGUUGACACCGGCAAGUGGCGGUCAGACUCACAAAUCAAGCCUCGUCCAUUUAUCGCUCGUCUACAACAGGUAGCCCACCAGAUGCGCCAUCUGAAGGACGAUGUGUAUGUCAAUGUUUACCCAGCUGUCGAGACCCUCCGGCAGUAUGGCGAGACCUACAAUGACGUCCUGAGUUUCUGGGAGGUUUUCCGGCGAGCGAUUGAACUGGAGCUUGAUGGUGAGACAGAGCUGCUGCGACAACUGGCAGCCAUCUUUGAAGUGUCGGGCCAGCAGUAUCAUCUGCCUGCUCUUCCUGUACGUGGAGUUGGUGAUGUUCAAACUGCACUUUCUAUGAUCAAACAGCCAGCAGAUCUACCGUCCACGGGCCCCGAUUUCCUUCCUCUGAUGCUGGAACGCGAGGCUUUCGACAAGAUUUCACGGGAAUGGAAGAUGUAUCACGAUUUGAUCCAUUUGAACGAUAAUAUCACACUCCCCUUCGGCCAAAGCACGGACUACACGCUCUACGGGUUUGUGGUUCAUGUUGGAGCCCGUAACUCGGGUAGGUUUUACAGCAUUCUCCGGCCUAAUGGCCCCAAUACCAAAUGGCUUGCUUUCGAGGAUGGAGAUGGAAACAAGAUCUUCUCCUACACACGCAACACGAUCAAGGAGUACGAGGGCUUGACUGGUCAUGAGCUCGACAACUUCAACUCGACAAGACAAACCGCCUAUAUGGCCUUAUACAUCAAGACGGAGCGCCUGAAAGAGUACCUGCCUGGCAAGCUUGAGGACUACAACGCCCCACAGUGGCUUAUGAACUCCGCAGAAGACGUGGAAGAAACCCCCGAGACCAUCGCAUUCGAAGUAUAUCACGAUACAGGUGCAAUAGGUCGUCAAGGUUUACUCGACAUGUUCAACCUCAAACAGUUCUCUGGAGACAGAGGAAGUUUCCGCAGCUGGGCACUACCAUCCAAAACUACCAUUCAAGAACUCAGAGAACAGCUUGCUUGCUCCAUGGGUCUGCGCAGUCCAGAGCACCUUCGUGUUCUCAACAUGACCUAUGGCGAAUUAGGUCACUACGAUAAUGCCAUGUGGGGACAGCUUACUCUGACAUCUACUCUGGGAAGCUUGGCUACCGAUGUGAGACCGCUCUGUCUCUGGACCUCGACUCUGCAGACCGAAGAAGAUGUUAAGCUCUUCAAGAUGCCGGAACCCAUCGUGCCUGACAAACCCUCCGAGGAAUCCUCCAGCGAUGAAUCCAGGGCCGAUGCAGCUUCAGAAGAGGCCACUGCAGAAAGCGCUGAUGAUGAGACCAGAGAUGAUACUGCUCCGAGGGAGCCGGAAGCAGAAGCACCCGCCAACGAAACCAGAGACGAGUCUACUCCGAGGGAGAUAGAUGAUGAAGCUUCUCCAACGAAUCCAUCUCAGCCGGCCACCAACGAGAAUGAGAUGCAGCCUCCUGCGGACGGCGUUCAGCCUGCGAGCGAUAAUGUUCUAUCCCGACCUGCUUCUGAUUCUACCGCUGGCGAGAAUGCGUUUCAAGUAAAUGCGGGGCAAGCUGCCAGUCAGGUCGCCGCUCAAAUUGUUCUUGCACAGGACAAUAGCAACGAGGUCGCUGCGAAUCAAUCUUCUGACGCGGUCGCGGCAGGGGUCGCCCACGAGGCAUCCCCGCAAGAGGCUGCAGCUACAAGCGAACCUGCAACAGUGGUGUCUGCUGUCGAAGAACCUGCGGUACCACAGACACCUGCCGAAACGACCGAAGCUCCGAUUGCAGAGGCACUGACCCUCCCAUCACCAGCAACGGCGCCUCAGGUUUCAGACACGCCGUCAAUCAAUGCCUCAGAUUCCCCAGAGUCCAACGUAGUUGCCCCAAAUUUGGAAGUGGUAGUAGGCGAGAAUUAUACCGCUUCUGACGCGCCUGAGACACCUCGACCUGUCGAACACGGUCACCUUAUCGAUGCUGUCCUUUCGGAGCCAGAGAGCGCAAACGACGCGGCUGUCAUUGAGCAAGUUGUGACUCUAGUGGCUGGCGCCCAAGCUACUGUACCCGAGCAUGGGACGAGCGCCGAAGACGAAGCUGCCAUUGCCGCUCUCAUCGCCGCCGAUGCUGCCGAACUAAGCGGGAGAUCUGUCCAGAACAGAAAUCCUUCCAGCGAUGAGUCCCCUACUCCUGCCCGCGAGACAAUCGAGCCUCAACCACCAACUGAAGCUGCUCCCGAAGCUCAACUAGAUACACCCUCACCCCCUUCACCGGAAGCUCCCACCACUGUUCCUUGCACUUAUGCUUUCCUCCAAUUCUUCUCUCCCACACAGCAGACCUUCACCGUCCACCGCACCUUCUUCGCUGCACGAAGCGCACCGGUCCGCUCCACGAUCCGCUCGCUCCUUUCGUACCCGGAAGAUCGUGCAUUCAACGUAUGGUAUCGGACGACGGCCGUCGAUGGGGCCAAGGUCGGCGAAGGCGAGACUUUCUACGACAUUCAAGCUGUCGACGGCUUCGACAUCAUUGUUGGGGAUGUCCUUCCUGAAGACGAAAUCAACAGACUCCGUUCCGAAGGCAAGUUCUGGGAGCCUUUUGGUCUGUCGAAAUUCCUGCGCAUGCAGCAACGACGCUAUCCAUACGCGAUCACAACCUCAGAGGGUGCGGAGGUCGAGAUCAAGGAGUUCGGCGGCGAGUAUUACAAGGGGCCGCUUGCGAACGGGCGACAGCACGGCCUCAAAUGUGAGCUUAUUUACGCCAACGGUCAAAGCUAUGUCGGACCCUUGCAGUGCCAGCAGCGUCAUGGUAAAGACGGCCGAAUGACUUACCAGAAUGGAGAUGUGUAUGAAGGCGAGUGGAAGAAUGACGAGCAGCACGGUCAGGGGACAUUUGUGCAGAAGCGUACAGGCAAUAAGUACGUUGGCGGUUUCCGAGAUGGGAAGCGAUGGGGCAAGGGCACGACACACUGGGAGGUGGCAGACGAAGAAGCGGACCUAUGCCAGAUUUGCUACGGGGAGGAGAUUGAUGCGCUGUUCUAUGACUGCGGGCACGUGUGUGCGUGUGUGGAUUGCGCGAAGCAGUGCGAGACAUGCCCGAUUUGCAGAAGAUCGGUGCGACAUGUGGUGAGGAUGUGGAGAGUGUAA